GAUUCAUAUAGUACGAAUAUAAGCAAAUGCAGUUUUCGAAUAUAAAAGCAAAGCGAUAUUCAAAUUAUAGUCAAAUCAUUAAAGACUCUUCCAGAGGAAUACACCUCUCUCUCUCUCUUAGUAAAUAUCCAGUAUCCUUGUUGUGAAAAUAGAAAACAUCGAAAAUGGGUGCAUUCGGCGUUUGCUUAGUUCUGGUGCUGUUCGUGGCAAUUCUGGUCGGUACCAGCGGUAAUCCUAUCGACGAUGAGAGCAUCGUAACUCUGGUAGCAGCGGAACAGCCGUUAUCCCUGUUAGAUGUCGAAACCCAGCAAGGACAUGAGAACGAAGGCGAUCGUUUGGCCCGCCAUCGUGGCUAUGGUGGUUGGGAUGGUGGCCACCGUAGGGGUUAUGGACAUGGUGGCGGUUAUGGACAUGGUGGUGGAUAUCACGGUCAUCGUGGUGGUCAUCGCGGCGGUUAUUACGGUUGAAACGUAUUCUAUUUUUAUAUUUAAAUUUUGAAAUUAUAACUGGGAUACUUUAAUGCCAUGAAAUAAAAACGAACAAAAAAAAUUGUAUCAAUUUUAAACGUAAUUAUUUAAAUGAAAUAAAACUAAGGAUGUGAGGUGAAACAAUUAAUAAUAAUUGUGACGAAGUUCAUUAGCAAACCUUGGAAUAAUAAAACGAUAUUCGGAGAAAAAAAUAUUGUUCUUUAGAAUUAUUAUGCCACGUUAUUUCCAUAUU